GCAGAAGCGGCCCUGCUUUGAACCGAUCUGUUUUCCAGGUUUCCCGCGCACGUGGGAACCGAUAAUCGCGAUCGGGCGUUAUGGUAUAACUGCGUCGUCGCGCCACAACAAGAUCGCGGGGAAGGACAAGUUGUGUCACUCCGCCGAUCUUCCUCAUCCCACCUAUCUAGCCCAUCAUGAAGCUAGCGCCGGUGUUCUGGGCCUUUACCAGCCUGCAGUCGCUGGUUACGGCCCUUUCCAUCGCCGAAAUCAACGGCAACACCUUCAUUUCGUUGCUCUCGGGGAAAGAAGUCACCGAUGUCACCGGCUUGUUGAUCGCCAAGGGGCCCAACGGCGUCUGGAUUCGGUCGACGACCCCCGAUGACGAUGAGGCCACUUCGGAGGCCAUCUACGUCUUCGGCCGCAAUGUCACGGCCGCAUUGACCGUGGGAGACAUCAUCUCCCUGGACGGCAAGGUUACCGAAUACCGGUCAAACGCAAACUACAUCUACCUUACCGAGAUCAGCUCCCCGAAGAAUGUGCAGGUGGUGUCCUCCGGCAACGAAGUGACGCCCCUCGUCAUUGGCAAAGACACGCUCUCACCUCCAACUGUGCAGUACAGCGAGCUGGACGGAGGUGACAUUUACAGUCUCCCCAACGCAGUCGCCAACAUAUCCGAAGUGAACCCUGUGCUGGAUCCGGCCAAGUACGGCUUGGACUUCUGGGAGAGCCUCAGCGGUGAACUCGUCACUGUCAAGGCACCCCGGGCUAUCAAGACACCAAACAAGUACGGUGACACCUGGGUAGUCGGUGACUGGGAGAUCACGGGGGAGAACGAGCAUGGCGGCGUGACCAUGUCAGACAAGGACUCCAACCCGGAAGUUAUCACGAUUGGCUCGCCCCUCGACGGCACCAAGAACCCCACCGACUCCAAGAUGGGCGAUCAAUUCGAGGACAUCACCGGGGUCGUUCAGCAGACCUUUGGCUUCUACGCCAUUCUCCCGCUGACCGCCCUGAAAACGACCACCCUUGCCACAGCUGCCGCCCCUCCUACCACGCUGGUCAGCCAGGGCAAGUGCAAGGCUCUUACAUUUGGCAGCUACAACGUUGAGAAUCUUUCCCCGACCUCCGCCCAUCUGCCCGAUGUCGCCGGCCACAUUGUCGAGUACCUCAAGACGCCCGAUCUGGUAUUCAUUCAAGAGGUCCAAGACGACAGCGGGCCGACAGACGACGGCGUGGUUACGGCCAACGGCACGCUCACCGCCCUGGUAGGCGCCAUCAAGUCGCGAAGCAACGUCACGUAUGCCUUCGCCGAGGUCGAGCCCGCCUCCAACGAGGACGGCGGCCAGCCGGGCGGCAACAUCCGCGUAGCAUACAUCUAUCGCCCCGAAGUGGUGAGCCUGUACAAGCCCAACCAGGGCGGCGCCAACGACGCAACCGAGGUCGUGGCGGCGCAGGGCAAGAACAAUUCCGAUCGCGCGCCGGCGCUCUCGUUCAACCCCGGCAGGAUUGACCCCGCCAACGCGGCGUGGGAGUCGAGCCGGAAGCCCCUGGCUGCCGCGUGGAUGGCCAAGGGGUCGAAGAAGCCGUUUUAUACGGUUAAUGUCCACUGGUCGAGCAAGGGCGGCGGCACGUCGCUCCACGGCGAUCGAAGGCCGCCUAUCAACGGAGCGGUGGAUGCGCGCAUGGCGCAGGCCAACGUUACGGGGGUAAGUUCAAACUUUCAUUGCGGAUGAGGUGGUGUGUGCUGACGGAAACAGUCGUUCAUUGCCGAGAUCCUGGCCUUGGACCCCGCGGCAAAGGUUAUUGCGGCGGGCGACUUCAACGAGUUUGCGUUUGUGCAGCCGAUGAAGACGUUCUCGGAUAUCUCGGGGAUGGUGGACUUGGACGAGGCGGCCAAGAUUCCCGUUCAGGAGCGGUACAC